AUGUCUUACCUGCUUGCCGUCAGCAUCAUCAUCAUCGGCACGAGUCACACCGAAAGCUCACCCAGAACGUUGCUGAAUUCAUAUCUUCAAAGGCAGCCCGGUGAAAAAGUGUGCGACACCGACGUGUGCCAACAAGAAGCCAACUUUAUCGUAUCCGCCAUUAACGCCACCGUGGACCCAUGUGAAGAUUUUUACGGUUUCGCCUGUGGCAAAUGGAUAUCAUGUAAUCCUAUUCCUGACGGCAAAGAAAGCAUCAGUUCCCUUGAGAAGAGUGAAGACCGUUUAAUCAGCGACAUCUCAGCAAUACUCAACACAACAACUUGCAAGUAUGAGGACCAGAACGCCACAGACAAAGCUAUUAUUUACUACAAGGCUUGUCUCAAAGGAGCUACCACCACGGAAGAACAGGAAUUUGUGAGAGGAAUACUUGAAGCAAACCAACUCGAAGAUUGGCCAAGAACUCCGGGAGAAGGGAACGCGUCAGAAACAGUUGAGCAACUAUUUGGUAGCCUCGGUUGGGAAAGCCUCGUGUUGAUUGACAUUGUACCCGACAAGAAAAACGUUUCUCGACACGUUUUAAUGAUGGAUCAGCCGAAUAUCGACUUUUUGGAACGAGAUGAACUUAUCUACCAAAGUGAUUCAGAAAUAGUCAAACUAAAUAACAUGUACAAAUCUAUUAUGGUUAAAUUCAUGAUGUACUUUAAACCAAAUAUUACAGAAAAACUCGCAAAACGAUUGUCAAACAACAUGUAUCACUUCAUCGUUAAAAUAGCCAAGCUAACAAAAUCGGAUGAGGAUAUACGCUCGACAAGUAUAGAAAGAUAUAAUAAAAAGAAACUCAAGAAUCUCAAAUGGAGACACCCGAGUAUUAACUGGGUUAAUCUACUCAAUGAAUACCUUUCACCUGUGAAUAUAACGGUCAAUGAAGAGGAGGACAUCAUAUUUCAGGAACCGAAAUACUACACAAAUCUGAUGAAGCUACUUUCAAAAGCAAUCUUCACAUGA